AAAAAAAAACCUAUACCAUAUCAGGCUGCCGCGACCAGUCCCCAUCUCCCUCCCCGAUACGGUAGCCGCCGACCAUCACCACCUACCUUCCCCGUUAUCAGGUGACGGCAAGAGCUUUCUGCUGCUGCUGUUCCUUCCUUAUGGGAGGCAGCAAAGACCACGUUAUGAAGAAUUGAGGAGUGAGGCAUGGCAAAUACUCUACUAUCUCCAUUCUAUGUUAAUUGGCGCGGAUUCACUAAUCUGGUUGGUAAAGUGCGGGAUUUACUACUGUAUAAGUCCAAAUCUUCUUGGGGAUGGCAAAGGAACACGAGAAAGACGAACACAUCUGUGAAGAGGAGGAGGAAGAAGAAGAAUAUAUCUUGCUAGAGUUGGAUGAUUGCCUUUAUUCUGACAUACAACCAAAUGCCCCGUAUAUACUCUCUGGUUUGGAUACAUUGACUCCUUCCUUGGUAGUAGGUGAUGGCCUGAAGAUGAUUGGAGAAUACGAAGAAACUGUUGGCAUAUGUUAUUUAUUUUCAGAAAGUGAUGCUCAACCAAAACCCAUUCAUGGCGAGGCGGCACGUGCUAAAGAAAACAAGGACAGGCAAACAAGCAGCAGCAAGGAAGGAAUGAAGGAAGCAGCACCCAAGGAGGUGAAACAUCUCGCGAGCGUUCAAAAGAUCCUCAAGUUCCGGUCCAUCAACGAUGAUUAUGAGCACCCUAGAGCAUAUAAGCAUAAGGACAAGGGAUUUUGAAACAGAAUAUGUAGCUGCUUUCCCUUCUACGCCUGCAGUGUACAGCAAGUAACCCCGUUGACCCUUCAAACAGAACGCAAAGAUAGUACGGAGUACUACAUUUUAACCUUGAUUAUCCUCUAUCUUGAGUUCACUUUCGACAUGUGAUUCUGGCAGUGCUCCCUUGGUUGUCUACUCUUGUAACACCGUCUAAAACCUGAUAAACAUGCAGUAUUUAUUUUCCUUUUAA